CGCUGGUCCCUCCCGACCCAGUACAGCUGCUUCCGGGCUCUCACGACUCCGGGAGGCCGCUCCCCGGACGCUGGGCCCUACAGCUACUCCCUGCGCGUAGCACCCCGAUGCCUGGGUCUCCCAGACACUUCCUCCUGUUCCUUGAGCUCCCGCGGUUUACGGUUCCUCAAAUCCAGGACCGAAGGACCCCUGGGCCACCACCUUCUUUCCUUCUUCAAUGGAGCACCACCUCUCCCCUUUCUGGGGCACCUUGGGAUGUGGUCUUGACUGACACGGAAGCUGACCAUUUACCACGCUUGGGGCUGUGUGAGACCUUUCUGAAUUCAGAGUAGGACGACAUCACCAAGCAGAUACCUCUUCUGAACCGGAACUGAUUCUGGCUUCGGGGGAGAUCCUGAGAGUCUUAAGCAGAGUCAGGAAGCGGUCACAGAUUUGGGGAGCUCAUUACACACAGUUCCUCAAUUAUGUUCCUUCGACGGCUUGGUGGCUGGCUGCCGCGACCUUGGGGUCGAAAGAAAUCAACAAAGACUGACUUGCCUGCCCCAGAACCCAGAUGGGUGGACAGCUCCCCGGAGAACUCAGGGAGUGACUGGGACAGUGCUCCAGAGACCAUGGGAGAUGUGGGACCUCUGAAGACCAAGGAUUCAGGAACACGGAGGCCCCCCCGGGCUGCUCCAGAGUCUAGCAGGGACACCAGAGUGGAUCAGCUGGGGAGUAAAAGAAUGGAUUCCCUCAAGAAGGACAAGGCUGCUUCUGCCAUUCAAGAGUCUGCAAGACUGGAGACUGGAGGAGCCGUUCCCAAACUGGACUUGGAUCCUGUGGAUUCAGGUGGCAUGAAGAACCUCGGAGUGUCCCCCCAAGGGAGGUUAGGCACCACUGGGCCAGAAGCCCUACUGGAGAAACCUGGUCGACGUCAGAAGCUGCUGCGGUGGCUCCGGGGGGAACCAGGGGCUCCCUCACAUUACCUGCAGGACCCAGAGGAGUAUCUGCAGAUCUCUACCAACUUGACCCUACACCUGCUGGAGCUGCUUGCCUCAGCCUUGCUGGCUCUGUGCUCCAGGCCACUCCGAGCCAUCUUGGAUGCUUUGGGCCUUCGGGGACCUGUGGGCCUCUGGCUACACGGGCUACUGUGUUUCCUGGCUGCCCUACACGGGCUCCAUGCUGUGCUGAGCCUGCUUACUGCCCACCCCCUGCAUUUUGCCUGCCUCUUUGGCCUGUUGCAGGCCCUAGUGCUGGCUGUCAGCCUCCGGGAAUCUGUUGAGGAUGAGGAGACCGCUGACUGGGAGAGUGAGGGGCAGGGGAAGGAGGCCAAGGAGCAGACAGAAGGUCCAGGAAGGGCGUUGUGACUGGGAGAUGGUGGGAGCAAAGGGUAAAGAUAGUGGGGUGGCCUUUAGGAGGAAGGUGGGGAAACCCAGAUUGUAAGCACAGUGAUCUCAGGGAUGGGGAGGAAACUCAGGCACAGGAUCUCCUGUCACACAUGUGACAGACAGGACUGUCUAGGGUGGCCAGACAUGGACAGUGGAGCAUCACCAUUGAAGUCACCAGCUGUUGUUAUUUCUUGCUUUUACAUUUUCCCACAGUUUUUUUUUUUUUAAAUUUCCACCUCCACUUUUAAAAAGCAAAAUAGAAUAAAAGCAACCGUGGAGAAUGGACGCCACGGGGUCCUUUCCAAGCCCAGAGGUGAACGGGGCCAGAGGCAGGGCAGAGAUCUCUGCGUUAGAGACGAUGGAGAGAUAUGUGGAGUCCCUUGUAUCUUAGGACCAGACCCAUGUAGAGGAGAGUGAAGCUGUGAGGGAGAAGAAGGAGCUGCGGGUGCUGUGGUACCCGCUGAAGGGAGGGUCUGAUGCUCGGUGGGAGCCGGAAGAAACAGGGCUGCUGCGGGCUGGGUCGGCAUGAAGGCCAGCAUGGACAGACGGGCAGCUCUGACGGGCACUGGGGGAAGCACAGUGUCCGCCCUCUCCACUCAGGCUAGGGACCUGCAAUAAAUGUGCCACACUACACACAUCCUAAAUACACCAGUCCGACAUGACA